AUGGCCGCCUCCACCCUGUCCCUCUGCUCCAGCGACCUGAGCUACGGCAGCCGCGUCUGCCAGCCCCGGUCUGACGACUCCUGCCCCGACUCCUCCUGGCAGGGGGAGGACUGCCCGGAGAGCUGCGAGCCGGCCUGCUGCGCCCCUGUGUGCUGCGCCCCUGUGUGCUGCGCCCCUGUGUGCUGCAAGCCCGUCUGCUGCACCCCUGUCUGCUGCAAGCCCGUCUGCUGCACCCCUGUCUGCUGCAAGCCCGUCUGCUGGCCGCAGCAGGCGGGGCGCGAGCAUGCAGGGCGGCAGAGCAGGGACACACAGGAGGCCGGGCGGCAGCAGCUGGACCGGCAGCAGGAGGCAGGGGCGCAGCAGGCAGGCCUGCACACGGGGCGGCAGAGCAGAGACACGCAGGAGGAGGGUCUGCAGCAGGAGGGGGCUGAGCAGGGGCUGGACCCGGAGCACACAGGGGUGCAGCAGACAAGCUUGCAGCACACAGGGGUGCAGCAGACGGGCUUGCAGCACACAGGGGUGCAGCAGACGGGCUUGCAGCAGACAGGGCCCUGUGCCCGGAACCCCGGACUCUCAGCCCUGUGCCCGGAACCCCGGAGUCUCAGCCCUGUGCCCGGGGCCCCGGACUCUCAGCCCUGUGCCCGGGGCCCCGUUAACCAGCAGAAUCACCAGCCCGAAGCCCGAAGGCUAAAGGCUAAGUACACGCUGGAAAGGAUCCUGUCCGUCUCUGUCUUCCGCCGCGCCCCCGCCCGGAGCCUCCGUGUGGCCGUUAUUUUAAAGCGGAUCUUCCAGAGCGGCAUUCGCCGGUGUCUGUUGCUCCUGGACCGGCGGACGUGCCUGAAGGGUGACAGAGCCAGUGAGGAGUGUCACGCCUGGGCCCGGAAGGCAGGGGACCUACAGUAUUUCCAGUCCCUCCUUGAGCCCCGCAAGAAAGGGGGUGCCAUCGCCAUCCCCUCGAGGACCCCCUUCUCGGAGGCCAUCUGGAAUGUGACGGUCCGCCUGGCCGAGGGGCUGUGGCUCAGCCUGCACUUCCAGCCAGUGCAGGGGCCUCCCCCGACUAACCUGGGUCUUGAUGGGCUGAUCACAGUCCUCACUGCUUCUUCCGCUUUGACUUGCCACUGUCAUCGCUCGCCCGCCCAGCAGCUCAGCUGGGUCCCUGAUGGGGCCAGCCACCACAUACCCAUCUUACAGAUGGCAAAAGACCUGGAGUCUGACCCGGUGCCCCGCCUGGCCCAGGCCUCGUCAGGGUCAGACCUGCGUCCCCUGGACAUCCUGGCCGAGGCCCUCCCUCCACAUGGCGCUGCGGGCGGAAUCAAGGUGACACAGGCCCACGGCGUGCGAGGACUCCAGCUCUCGGCCGCCGCCCCCCGCGCCCUGAGCUUCCCGGCAUCGAGGAUUUUCUUCCGAUGCGGCCUCUUCCCUGAAGAAUUUUCGAUCGUCAUAACCUUGAAAGUCCCCAAUCUCCCCCCGAAGAAGAAUGAAUACCUGUUCACCGUGGUGGCGGAGGAGCAGGAUGCCCUGCUGCUGGGGCUGCGGUACUCGCCCACCAGGUUGCACUUCCUGUUCCUCAGCCGGGACAGGGCAGGCGCCUGGCAAACCCGAGUGACCUUCCGCGGUCCCUCUCUGAUGGACAACCAAUGGCACACGCUGGUCUUGGCCGUGUCUGAAGGAUCCUUUUCCCUCACCACGGACUGCGGCCUCCCCGUGGACAUAAUGGCUGACGUGCGCUUCCCGGCCACCCUCUCGGUGCGAGGGGCCCGAUUCUUCAUUGGCAGCAGGAAGAGGACCAAAGGCCUGUUCACCGGCCUGGUGAGGCAGCUGGUCUUGCUGCCCGGUUCCGAUGCCACCACGAGGCUCUGUCCCUGCAGGAGCCCCGAGCUGGCUGUGCUGUCCCUCCCCCUGCUCCUGCAGGGCCCCUUGGGGAAGCCAGAAGAUAAUGAGGUGCUGAAAUACCCCUAUGAAACCGACAUGAAGGUGACUCUGGGGUCCCGGCCUCCAUGCACCAAAAUGGAGGAUGCCCAGUUCUGGUUCGAUGCCAGCCGGAGGGGGCUGUUCCUGUGUGUGGGCAGUGAGUGGGUCUCCGUGUUGGCAGCCAGGGAAAAGCUGGACUACGUGGAAGAGCACCAGAGCCUGUUCACCAACUCGGAGACGCUGGGCCUCGAGGUCUUCGCCAUCCCCGAGGCCGGCCUCUUCGUCGCCGCCGCCGGCCGCAGAGCCACGUCCGCCAUCUACAAGUGGACCGACGGCAGGUUCGCCUCCUACCAGAACAUCCCCACGCACCAGGCACAGUCCUGGAGACACUUCACCAUCGGGAAAAAGACCUUCCUGGCUGUGGCUAAUUUUGAACCAAAUGAAAAGGGUCAGGAGUUCUCUGUCAUUUACAAAUGGAGCCAGCGGAAGCUGAGGUUCACGCCGUACCAGAGGGUCCCCACCCACAGCGCCCGGGACUGGGAAGCCUUCGAGCUGGCCGGGGAGCACUUCCUGGCCGUGGCCAACCACAGGGAAGGGGACAACCACAACAUCGACAGCGUCAUCUACAAGUGGAACCCGGGGACGCGACUCUUCGAGGCCAACCAGACCAUCGCCACGUCAGGCGCCUAUGACUGGGAGUUCUUCACCGCGGGGCCCUACUCCUUCCUGGCGGUGGCCAACGCCUUCAACGGCACGUCCACCAGGGUGCACUCCCACCUGUACGUCUGGCUGUUCGGCUCCUUCCGGCUGUUCCAGGCCUUCCUGACGUUCGGUGCCGCGGACUGGGAAGUUUUCCACAUCGGAGAGAGGGUCUUCCUCGCCGUGGCCAACAGCCACAGCUACGACGUGGAAAUGCAAGCGCGCAAUGAUUCCUACGUCAUCAACUCGGUCAUCUACGAGCUGAAUGUCACGGCGCAGACCUUCGUCAAGUUCCAGGAGAUUCCCACCUGCAGCGCUCUGGACUGGGAGUUUUUCUCCGUGGGGGAAGACUAUUUCCUGGUGGUUGCAAACUCUUUCGACGGAAGCACCUUCCUGGUCAACAGUAUUAUUUACAGGUGGCAGGGCUACGAAGGCUUCGUGGCCGUGCACAGCCUCCCGACCUUGGGCUGCAGGGACUGGGAGGCCUUCCGCACAGCGGCCGGCUCCUACCUCGUCUACUCCAGUGCCAAGGAGCCCCGGUCCCGGGUGCUGAAGCUGAGGACGGGGUGAGGGCACCCGGCGGCCCGCCCGCCAGGCCUGGGAGAAGCCGCCGCUUCCCCCGUCGCUGGUCCUGGUCCGGCGGCGCCGUCCGUCCGUGUCUGCCCGUGGCCAGCACGGCGGGUCUGGGGCUCCCGGGGCCCUGCUGCCGCGCCCCUGGCUGUCGGCGGGGCCCUUGUGGCAAGGGAACGCUCAUACAGAAGUUACCUCAGAAGCAGCGGGGUCGCCCGUGGUGCCCAUGGUGCUCACGGUGCCCACGGUCCCUGGUGACACCGACCCCUCCUGGCCCGCCCGGGCACGGGGCGCAGGCUUCACACGGAUUUACGUGUCUCACACCAGCUAUUUAUUGUACUGUGUCUGUACAGAAAUAUAUUUAUGACGCUCUUUACCAAA